AUGCGCCCUGGCCAGUGUGCGCAUGGGCGGAGAGACUGCCGCUGUGCGCUGUUAUUAUUGUAAGAGUAAUUUCUUUUUUACGAAAAUGGCGUCUAGUCAGGGAGGUGUGGGAGCUGCCGCGGCUCUCCAGAACUCCCAGCACUCCGGUGGUCCUAACUGGAGCCCGGGCAUCAGCCAGUUACAGCAGCACCACCCCCAGCAGCAGCAGCAGCAGCAGCAGCACCACACGGCCCGCAGCCUGGACCGGACUCUGGAUGAUGCCGUGUGCUCGGGGAUACUGAAUCUGAGCGGCAGGAAGCUGAGGGAGUACCCGGGCAUGAGCUACGAUCUGACGGACACAACACAAGCAGAUUUGUCCAAGAAUCGUCUCACAGAAGUCCCUCCAGAAGUGUGUCUGUUCGCCCCCCUGGAGUCGCUCAAUCUCUACCACAACUGCAUCAAGUGCAUCCCAGAGGCUAUCAUCAAUCUGCAGAUUCUGACUUACCUUGACAUCAGUCGAAAUCUCCUGUCCGUUUUGCCGAAAUACCUGUUCAGCCUCCCCCUCAAAGUUCUGCUUGUGAGCAACAACAAGCUCGUGUCCAUCCCAGAGGAGAUCGGCAAGGCCAAAGAGCUGAUGGAAUUGGACGUGAGCUGCAAUGAGAUCCAGGUUCUGCCAGCUCAGGUGGGGAGGCUGCACGCCUUACGAGAACUCAACAUCAGGAAGAACUGUCUUCACAUGCUGCCUGAGGAACUGGCUGACCUGCCCCUCAUCCGACUAGAUUUCUCCUGCAAUAAGAUCACAGAGAUUCCUCUGGCCUACAGGAAACUCAGGCAGCUGCAGCACAUCAUCCUCGACAACAAUCCUAUGCAGUCUCCACCCGCGCAAAUUUGUCUCAAGGGCAAAGUGCACAUAUUCAAGUACCUGAACAUCCAAGCGUGUCGGACGGAUAAGAAACCAGACACCCUGGACCUCCCCUCCCUCGGGAAACGUUGCCUUCCACAGCCUCUCACAGAUAGCAUAGAAGAUAUUUACCCCAGUAAGAACCACGGGCCUGACUCUGGAAUUGGGAGCGACAACGGUGACAAGAGGCUGUCGACAACAGAGCCUUCCGACGACGACACCGUCAGCCUGCACUCCCAGGUUUCAGAGACAGCCCGUGCCGACGCCCUCUCGCUCCUCUCAAAAAUGGACUCUUGCAAAGAUCAGGAUCUCUAUGACUUUAUAGAUCCCAACCAUGACGAGGAUCCUGCUCUUUUAGAGUCGGAAGGGCAGCCGAGUCAUAUGUCGUGUAUAAAGGAACUGGAGAAAGUGCUUCACAUGUCUCAACAAGGCAAAGAUAAAGACAGCUGGAAAGAGGAGUCAGGUUCUGACAAGGAGCAGCUCGUUGAGGAAGAGGACGAUGAGCUGAAGGAGGUGCUGGAUCUGAGGAAGAUCGCUGUUCAGCUUUUGCAGCAGGAGCAGCAGAAUAGACGGCGAUCCUUAAUCUGUAGAGCAGAGAGUCUUAUUCACCGACGGAGAGUGACUGGCCGGGCGCACAGGUUCCUCAGUCACUCUGGAAGUUCCAGCAGCAAGCCAAGGCCUCCCCCUCAGACUGCUCGAAGUGCUUCUCUGGAUGAAGGAAGCAGUGGAGCAUCAGUGCUGAGUGGACAGGUAAAAUACUCUUCUUCCUCCUUUGAUAUUUUUUCUCUCCGGAGGAUGCGGAGAAAGAUUCUUUUUUUUAACUGUCGGCUUUUGCAGCCCUCGUCUUCCUGCUCCUUCGACGGCAGCCUGAAGACGGAUCAGUCAGACUCCGAGCCUAGGUGGCCCGAUGUCCCACCCAUCCUCAAUCAGAAUGAAGAUCGCAGGAGGAACAAGUACCUGAGAAAAGAUUAUCUGAAGAACAAGUGUCAGAGUUCUCGGAAAAACUGCGGGAACGACGACUGUGAUGAGGGCUUGCGCAAUGCUGAGUUCAGCACCACUUUGACAGUGUUUGGACUAAAACCCAGAUCAGCCUUCACCAAAGGAAGUCGGCAAGAGUACACCUCCACCGACCCCAGCUUCACUAUGAGGAGGAAGAUGGAGCACUUGAGAGAGGAAAUGGAGCAGAUUGGACUCUUGCGUCAGAACAUCGAGUCCAGACUCAAGGUGCUGCUCCCAGAUGAUGUUGGAGCCGCUCUGAUGGAUGGAGUCGUCCUCUCCCAUUUAGCCAAUCACAUUUGUCCUCGUUCGGUCGCCAGCAUCCAUGUGCCGUCACCCGCAGUGCCAAAGCUAAGCAUGGCUAAAUGCCGUAGGAAUGUGGAGAACUUCUUGGAUGCCUGUAAGAAGCUCGGUGUUACACAGGACAAACUGUGCCUGCCCCAUCACAUCCUAGAAGAGCGUGGCCUGGUGAAGGUCGGCGUGACCGUCCAGGCUCUGCUCGAUCUGCCUGCACUGAAGCCCUCACAGCUGUCUGCCAUUUGACAAGAGCCUGAACGAUGCGUCCAACUUGCAGCCCUCCAGCCAACUCCUGCCCCCAGCCCGAACCCACACCCUAUCUCCAGGGACCAGAGAGCCCCGCAGGGUGAGGACCCGGUGGAUUUUCUGCCUGACUGAAACAGGAGACGGGAAAUACCUCUCGUCUCCUCAAAUGAUGUCAGCCACCGCCCACUUCCUGUCCAUCACAUCUUUAUUUGUGUCCUGCUCUAUAGUUAACUGGGUCAUCCUGUCUGUGUGUGGACUUGCAAUGUGUGUUUUCUGAGCUGCACAUUUUGGGCUUGCUGAGAAGGGACAGACAAGACAGAGGGUCUGUAGACAGACCUUUGCACCCCUCUCAACACGCUCAGUAUUAUCGAGCCCGAAAGUGCCAGUGCUAACAGCGUUUUUCCAUGAAGCUGUUGGACACAUCGGCAGUGAGGAGAUGACUCUCUUUUUCACCACAGAGACCUAAGCUUUGUAACCCCAAACCACUGCCUGACCUCGAGUGGCUCUCACACUCUUGAGUUUCUUGAGUAGUACUUGGAAUUUUCCAAGAGUUCUGUUUUAUACAGUUUGCAUCAGGUCCACUACUGGACCUCCUGUUCAGUAUCCAAGCCUGAUUCCUAUUUGCCAAGUAUUGCAUUUUAGCAAUUGCAUCCCCUCUGCGUAUCGAGGGAGAAUGCAAGGCUUGCCCCUUCUGAAGGGAGCUACAGUUGGCCCGUUUUGAACACGGGUGUGGUUGUUGACAUAUUUACAGAUCAUGCACAACUCUGCUGAAGUUUUUUUUCUCAAUACAAACCUGCAUGCACCCGGGGAAGUCACAUCGUACCACUGUGAGAACAUGUUUGACUGUUGCCAAAAGCAUGAAGCUCCUGUUUUGUAGCAUUUGUUUGCAGUGUACAUGCAAGUUUUCCAUAUUUUAAAAAUGAUAUCCUAAACUUUUCUAACGGUUUUAUACUUUCAUCCCAGUUAAUGCUUCUCAUUCAGUCCAGAUCAUUGGUCUGCCAUGUUAUAUAUAAAGCAGAUUUGUAUUACUUUUCCUCACCUCAUUUAUAGCCUGUUUGUACUGUGUGUGUUUCUGAGUGGAGGGGUCACCCAUGCAAUUCUCCCGCAAAUGACUUGGUCCUUUCUCACAGCCCCGCCGCCCUGCUGUUUGUGGUUUCAACCACAGUUCAUUAUUAUUUCAGGGAAAGUAUUUAUGUAUUUAUUCACUUGUUUUAUAUUUAUAUUUUUUUGCUUUCUGUGCCUGAACCCUGACAAUUUUUUUUUCUAGGUAGGUUUUUAUAGUAGCUAACACUGGCAUUAGAUUCUGCCGCAAACAUUGUGAAAGAGCCAAUCAUGUUUGCAUGACCAGCUUUACAGACGUGUUGUCUCAAAUCCCAAGUUAUCUGACACAACAUUGUAUGUUUUUGGAAAUUCCUUUUCUCUGCAGGGCAACACCUGUCUUCUUGACAGGUUGUUGGCAUGCAAGUCUUUUCGACUUGGAAAAUUUCCUGUGGCACAGUCUGUUCCAGAAUUUGGAAUCUUUACACACUGACACAUUAACCACAUGACGAUAGAGGACACUGUGCUUUGAACAGAGCUGAGCAUUUCAUGAGCUGUUUUGAUAUGACACUAGUUGAUUAUCAAUGAAGUAACCUAGCACAGGCUUUGCUUAUUCAGCUUCAGGCCGUGUGACUCAAUGUCUUUUAAAGAUGUAACAAAUAGUUUUUCUUGGCAUUGUGUCAAUGAGCAGUGCAGCAUCUACAAAAACAUCAAACAUUGUGCCUUAAAGUCAAGAUCUCUUAAAUUGUUUCUUUUGUUUAUUAAAUUCGCCCGUAAUUUCUUUCUUUCCAGCCCAUAAUUUGUAGUUUCAGACUCUAUCUGUGCUUCUUUUUUUCACACACAAGUGAAUAGGAUGUUUCAGAUUUUGUUUAACAGAAGCUGGCUGCUGAACUGGAGGGGCGUCGAGCCGCUUUUUCCUCUGCUCAAAAAACUGCUAACGCCCACCAACAUCCGGCUUUUGUCUGCAAUGGGAAUCGAAACAAUCGGCAUUCAUUCUCAAGUCCAAUGACUCUGCAGUAGCCACGAGAUUUCAUCGGCAGUGAUGGACACAUGUCACCCAAGUGAUCGCCCUAAUUUGAUAAACAGCGAGGUGAGAGAGCACCUUCGUUUUCUGUGCAUUUAGGACAUCGAACAAGAUCCACGGAGGAAAGAAAACACAAACUCCUCUACUGACAAAAGGAGUCAAUCUCCUUCUUGAGCAGAUUUACCCACAUUUAUGAAACCCGUGCAUAUGCUGCUAGUUUUGGUGUAAAAGAGGUUCUAGAGCUCAGUGUGUCUAUGGAAGUCUACUUGUACUUGAGGUUUGAGUCACUGACUAAAUCACUGUUUGGUCCUUGUAGCACAAAUCUCCCUCGUAUUUCCUCUGGUCAGACAUCCCACCUUGAACCUCAUGAGAACCUCAGCUUCCUCUGAAUGGGCUGCGUGGACAGACUUUGUGCAGCCAUGCUCCAAAGAUCUGAUUACAGAGUUGUACAGGGCUUCCAGCUUAUCAGGCCUCGAGUGUAAAAUAUGCACAAGUUGGCACUAAGCUGGCACCUUUUUUUGUUUUCAGUGUGUUCAGCAGAUUACAUUUGUGUUGAGCCUCAUGCUGUCAGUCAAAAAACAGUUACCUCUGGAAACAACAUGGUCCUCUUCUCUGUUUCUGCAAACAGGUCAUCUUCUAUGGUCCUGAACAAACAUACGAGCAGCUCUUUAAAGGAUUGACACAUGCCGAGACAAACAUCCAAAUCUUUGUUUUGAUAUGUACCAUAGUGCACAGGCUUAGAGAUAUAAGCCUCAUCAAUCCGGCUGGUCAUCACUCAUCAAGACACACACACACACACUCUCUCAUUCCUCCGCUUUUCAGGAAAUCCUUGCAGCAGUGGUUUCUGAAGUAUGAGGUACUCACGAGUCUGAUCGGUUCUUUGUUAAUCUGCUUCAUGGGGUUGUGUUCAGGGUGAUAUAUUCUCUCACGAGGCAGCAUUUCAGUGGUGGAGGGAUACAAACAAAAAUAUGUAAUUUAGUGCCAAAAGACUAAGAUGCCGAAUAGAUUUUGAAUUCUUCCGACCCUUUCACACAAAAUUAGGACUGUUUGUAUUCCUCCCCGUGAUCAAUGUUGGAAUCCUAUCACAAAGAGAUUUCCUCAGGGCCAGAAGGAACUGGAGCAACGACUGUAGAGACUGAUGUUUCUCUCCAUACACAUUUUGAAAUGUUUUAAGGGUGACGUGAACAAAUAUGAAUCGAUCCUUUAACAGGUUUGCUCUGCUUGGAAAUCACACAUUAUGCAGGUUAUCUGAACAGGUUUUACCUCAUUAACUGCCCAGUCCUGUUCCUGUUCUGUUGUAGAGAUCCGACUGAUUCGUAGGUGUUGCAGAAGCAAGUUUGACAAUGUAUUUUUUCAGUUAGCUUUUUACGUGCCACUCCCUUUACAGCACACUUGAGACUUUAUGUUGCAUAAAUGUCUGCAAGGCGGAGUCAAAACUGACACAUCAGCUUCUACAGACAGUGGUACAGAUGUAUGUGAUGAAUCCAUUGCACUAACUAGUUCACGUCUGUACCGGCUGACUGAUUUGCGUGCCACGACAGAGAUGCUCGUUACGAUAUAUCAUGAAACAGUGAGUUGUGUUUAAAUGCGGCGCUGCCAAGAAAAGUCAAUCUCAAGAACACGACAAGCUUUUUCUAUUUUAAAACAAGUCAAAUGCAUGCAACGAUACUGAAUGACUGAACCUGUACAUAUCCUCUGUAUAAAUAAAUCCAAGGGGUUUUCUUAAGAAAAAAAACAAAACGUACUAACGUGGUCAAUAUGAAAUAAAGUCAAAUUCUUUGCA